AUGGCAGAGAUGACAUCUGAUAAUAUUCAGAUGGCUUUAGCUAGAAAUUUUGGUGGUACAGAUCAAAAUGAAAGACUUUGUGUAGAAUACUUUGGUAAUUUUUUGCGAAAGUUCAACAAUUACAGCGAAUGGAAAUACAAACCAAUGUCAACUUUAGAAUUAAUUAAUGCUAAUCUAAAAGAUAAAAGUGCAAGACCUCUAAUGAUUAUUAGAAAAAGUGAUUUUAUUAUUAACAUUUUAACCCGUCAGUUAGUUAAUGAAGGGUUAGAACCUGAGGUGAUAUUAGGUUCCCAAUUUCCUGAUGACCAACGAGAUUAUUCUUAUAGCGUAUUGAAUGCUCUUUUUGAUUUAUGGGAUCAGAAUAACUUUUUUUAUGGAAAUAAAGAUAAUCCUAGGUACUUUACCAGAGUUGCUCUUGGAGAUUCUAUUCUUGAUGAAUUUAAACUUGAUAGAGCAGAUCCAAUACUUUUAAAUAGAUUUGAAAAACAAAGAUUGACUAUUGAAGAUUUAAUCACAAGACAACAACAUGAAAUUGUAGAAAUUUUGAAAGUGGUUAAACGAAUAUCAACUUUGACCUUAAAUGAUAAAAUACCAUCUAGCAGCAACUUCACAUCAAAGGAUCUUUUCAUUGGUUUUAAUUUAGAUGAAACUUUACAAAGUCUAGUCAUAAACACUAUGGAAAUGAAUCCUGAUAACCAAAAUGAAGAAAUUCUUAAAAAAUGUAAAGAAACUCUUGUUGCUAUUGCUUCAGCGGAUGGAAUUAUAAGAGCCACAAAAUCAGCUAUUGAUCCAGAAGAAAGUUUACUUUGGAAGAAUGUUUACUUCCCAUCACUCAAACAUAACAAUCAAGAGGUUGGUUCAAAACAAUUAUUAGUUAUUGUAAAUACUUUCUCGAACAUCAACACGGAUGUUGAAGAAUGUCCAGAGAAAGUGAUGCAAGUUCAAGUUGAUAAAUUAUCAGCAUUCAAAACCGAAGCACAACUUCAAAAUAGAGUUAAACAUUUCUGGCUUGAAUCUAAUAAUCAAAUGUUGGUUCUUCAGUGUGAUGUGACCACCGAAAAUUCAGAGUGUAUUAAGUUGGUUAACUUCAUCAUUGAACAAUAUCGUAAUGAAUUUCUUCAAAUAAAAACCCAAGAAAUGAGAACAAAACAUGCAUGUAUUAUUUUACAUAUUCAUAGAGAACAAGAAACAAAAAUUUUAUCUUUUAAUUUUAUGUGCGGAUGGAGACAAGUCACAAUAGAAACUUUGGCCCCUCAAGAGAAACAUUUGCCAGCACUUUUGGAUGGAUCUUUGAUAAAUGUAAUUAAAUCUAUUUAUCCAUUUGAAGAGAUAUUAAAACAAGAAUUAUUAUGGUGUCUUCUAUAUAUAAAAUAUCCUUCUACAGAAAAUUCUAUUAAUCACAUUAAAAUGAUCAGUUCCGAGAUUUUUAAACACCCUAACUUUAUUGAACUUCUCAAAGAAAGAACGUUCAUGUGUAUUGAUGAAAAAUCUUCUGCAGAAUGGCAAUAUCAAGUUGCAUCUAACAAACGGUUAUUGUAUCUUAUUUAUCAUUUUCUGCUGCUUUACAGGCCUAUAUUUUGUUCUUUAGUUAGAGCAACUGAUGAUCUUCUUGAACCUAAACCCAAUAUUUAUAAUUUGCCACAAAUUUAUGAUUUGCGUUUUCCAUUUUCAUAUUAUUUUAUGAAAAGAAUUGAUGAUUAUAAAGAAAUGUAUUUAGAAGAAAUAGCUAAACUUAAGCAGGAGAAAGAUAAUUGUGAUGAAUUUGGAGAACUUCAACCAUUUUUUGUGGAUAUAACUUAUUGUGUAUUUAAAUAUAAAAUCCAUUCUUCAAUAUUACAUAUCCGAGAUGCGCCAUUUGAAAAAUUUUCAGAGUUAUACUUUAAUGAUUUUGUUACAAUUAUUUCUAGUAUUGAUGGAGAUAAAAAGGAUAUCAAAUUAUUAUCCUUAAUUUUGAAACAACUUUUAGAAGAAGACAAAGUUAAUGACCCUGUUACAAUAUUAGAACACUUCCAAUUGGCUCAGUUGUGUCCAACAAUUGUUAAUGACUUUUCAGAAAGGAGAGCUAAUGACACCUUUGAAGAUUUUCUUAUUCAAGAAGUAACAACAAUGAUGCUUAAUAAGUUAAGUGAAAUCAAUGCAGAAAGUAUAAACAAUAGCAAAAGCAAGUCACAAAAAUUAUAA